GCUCAAAUCCCUUUUACCCCUCGGAGGAAGAGACCAAAACCAGGUUCUCUCGGUCAAUCCCAUGUCCUCUCUGAGAAACAAUCUCACCUCUAUUAAUCACCAUUAAAACUAGGAGCAAUCCGAGGCCUCUUUCUAAUUAUGCUCAUAAAUCUUGCUAUCUAUCACCAUUGAAAGCCUUGAUUUUCUCACCCAUCUUCAAUUUGUUGACUGAUGAUGUCUUCUAAUCAGGAAUCAGAGCAGAAAAAUGGAGGUGGAGAAAGAAGGAGCACGUUGUUUGGUAAGUAUGAAAUGGGAAGAUUACUGGGGCAAGGAACAUUUGCGAAGGUUUAUUAUGCGAAAGAAAUCCAUUCCGGAGAAAGUGUAGCCAUUAAAAUCAUAAACAAAGAUCAAGUAAGAAAAGAAGGAUUGAUGGAACAAAUCAAAAGAGAAAUCUCUGUUAUGAGAUUAGUUCGUCAUCCGAAUGUUGUUGAGCUUAAAGAAGUUAUGGCUACCAGAGGAAAGAUCUUUUUCGUCAUGGAAUAUGUUCGUGGCGGUGAACUUUUCGCCAAAGUCGCAAACGGUAAACUCACAGAAGACACUGCAAGAAAAUAUUUCCAACAAUUAAUUUCUGCGGUUGAUUUCUGUCAUAGCCGUGGCGUCUCUCAUCGUGAUUUGAAACCGGAAAAUCUUCUGUUAGAUGAGAAUGAGAAUCUAAAAAUCUCAGAUUUCGGAUUAUCAGCUCUACCUGAACAUCUGAGAAACGACGGAUUACUUCAUACUCAGUGUGGAACUCCAGCUUAUGUUGCUCCGGAAGUUUUAAAGAGGAAAGGUUAUGACGGAUCGAAGGCGGAUAUCUGGUCGUGCGGUGUUAUUCUCUAUGUCCUGUUAGCCGGAUUUCUUCCGUUUCAGGAUGAGAAUAUCAUGAAGAUGUAUAAGAAAGUUUAUAAAGCAGAGUACGUGUUUCCAAGAUGGUUUUCUCAUGAUUCAAAGAGAUUGAUAUCAAAAUUAUUAGUUUCAGAUCCAGAGAAGAGGAUUUCGAUCGAAUCGAUUAUGAAGGUUUCGUGGUUCCAUAAAGGAUUUAGUCGUGCAUCAUCGUUUGUUAAUCUGGCAUCAAUGGGAGGAGGAACAAGUCCAUUCAAAUUCGAUGAUGAUAAUAAUAAUACUAUAACCAAAUCAGUGUCGAAAACUCCAUCGCCAACGAAACCAACAAAACCAGCUUUUUUCAAUGCAUUUGAACUGAUUUCAUCAAUGUCAUCCGGAUUUGAUUUGUCAAAUUUGUUUGAGAGCAAGAAGAAAACGAAAUCAAUGUUUACUUCGAAAUUAUCAGCUGCAGCGAUCAUGAUGAAAUUAGAAUCAGUGGCCAAAGGAUUAAGAUUCAAGGUCGCCAAAGUAAAAGCAUUCAAAGUGAAAAUGCAAGGUUCAGAAGAAGGAAGGAAAGGGAAAUUGUUGAUAACAGCAGAAGUUUUCGAAGUUGCACCGGAAGUAGCCAUUGUUGAAUUCUCAAAAUCAUCUGGAGAUUCGUUGGAAUAUGAUAAAUUCUGCGAGGACUGUGUCAGGCCUGCUUUGAAAGAUAUUGUCUGGUCGUGGCAAGGAGAUGAUAAUGAUAGCUCCGUCGAUGGUAACAGUAGUGUUACCGGAAGUACUAGUUAUGCGGACUUGCAAGAGUUGGCCGUUAACUGAAGAGGGGGGUGUAAAUGUAAAAAUUUAAUUAUGUCUGCUUUUUGAAAUGGUGAGAAAAAAAGAGAGGGUGUCUUUUGUAAAUAUAUAUAUAAUACAGGGGGGAAGUGUGUGUACGUGGGUGUGUGUGUCGGGUUUUGUUAAUGUGACCCGAAAGAGAAGGGUGUACAUUUCCACUGUUCUUUUUUUCUUUUCUGUUCUUUUUGAUUAAUGAACACGAAAUUAAUAAACACGAAAACAGUACAAGUUGUCCGAUUCCUUUGA